AAUCCUAAACGAAUAUGGGAUUCAUUUUUUGAUGAUAGUUUUUUAACCUAUGGGGUCAGCCUUUCAAUUGCUCCGUGAUGCCUAGCGGGGGGUGUACAAGAGCGCAACUAUCCAUUUUUAUUCCCAAGCAAGCAUACAUCUUCAUUUUUGGAGGAGGGUGGCACUGGUGAUUCGGGGUCUUCCCCGGGGCGACAAUUGGCCAUAUCGAUUCUUCCUAAACGCGAUCUUGUGAGGGGUCCAUAGGCCGUAACAAACGCCUUUUCGAUGUUCACCGUGUCGAGUUCUUUGAUCACUGACGAAAAUCAUUGGGGAUUGAGAGGCGGUCUUGGAAAUUUUGCAAUAAGUGACGAUGUAUAGCCUAUUUUCUGAACUUGGACGCAGACUAGCUAUUUUCCUAUCCAUCUUCCUUUUCUUUCAUUUGAAAUGGUUUAGAUAUUGCAAUAACUCACAUUCUGUGUGCUUUAUUUAGUGACAUUAUUAAUACAUUUUAAUACUUUUACAGGACGUGGACUGGGGGAAUGACACCAUUAAUGCUCUCACUACGAAAGCGGUAUAAAGGUAAAAAUUUUAAGGGUCGUCUCAGGCGGUCGGUUGUCGCUGCAUUUAUCGGCGCACUUUUCAUAGUCUUUUGUCUAUUUUACCUUGGUGACUCGAUUCAAAUCUCCUCUGAACCCUUUGCACUUUCCAAAGAUGACAUGCAGAAUGUGUUUGUUCAUACCACAGGGGCUCGUGUCGUCAUCUUCGUUAUGAGUGAUAGAAUUGAUCAUACGCUUUGCUACUCAGUGGGCUCAGCCUACCUAAGCGGGCUUCCUGUGGUGGUAGCUGGUUACCAAAUGGAAUACAAAGGGUUUCUAUCCAAGUUCGAUUUCAUGGAAAGGGCCAUCGAGAAUGCGCAGCUGAAUCCGGAUGAUGUUGCCAUUUUAAUGGAUUCCGACACCACUUUUACAGGUGUGGACAUUCAUCCAUUUCUUGAUCGUUUCAUCGCUCAGUCCGCCGCAACACCGGAGGAGCUGGACGCACUGGCCGUGCGGCAGGGCCGUGCGAUGGCACCGUUUAUCGUUAGCGCUGAGGCAGGCUGCUGGGCAGGAAAUGUGUUUGAAUAUCAUAUGGGCUGUAAAUUAGGCUAUGAGAAUAACUAUGCCAAAGUACGGAAGUUUAAUGCCGAACAUCUGGAGCACGAGCUCGUCUCGUCCUUUGACUUAUCAUCGCAUCGGUAUAUCAACGCUGGUAUUGCAAUUUCUCGUGUGUGGGCGUACAGGGAGUUAGUGCAGAAGGCGCUUAAUUUAGUCAAAACACAACCUGCAAAACAUAAGCCCGAAAAUGGAUGGACCUGUGAUCAGUCUAUUUUAGCAGCGCUGUACCUGGAUCUCUUAACCUGGGAGGCCGAACAGGAUGUUUUCUCGAUGCCAUUGCUUGAGCGACAGGCGGCACGGUCCACUUACGGUGUGCGUGCAGGUUUCAUGAGUUUAGAUUAUGCCAAUGAGCUUUCAGCUCCUCGAACGAUGGUUUUAAUGCACCUAACCGUGAUGCACGAUAAAGAUUGGGCGAAGUACUUGCCACAGUAUGGAAUCGGACACACACACUCACAAAAGAUAAACGAUUUCAAGGCAGUAAUUCGAUUUGUAAGUGAUCUUUAUAAGCGAGCAUAUGCCGCACACGGUAAGGAGAUUUACACGAGGCUUGCCGUGCCCAGGUGGGUGAAUGGGAAAAGGACCUCCACUAAGACCUUUAUCAAGCUCACGCCACCACUUUUGGCGACUAAUCCGAAUCAUAUAGAUGGAAGUAGCAACAACGCGCGUCGCACGUUCCCAGUGAUUUAUCAUGCCGCAGGUGAUGAGGUAGACUACACGAAAGUAGAAAAAAUGGAGUAUGGCGCCAUAGGUGCGCAGUGGCUUGUGCCGAUGGUAUACAACCCGCAGGUAGAAAAGGAGACCAUAAAAUACCUGGCAUCCAUGCCGUUGCUUCUAUCGACACAUAACUCCAUUAUUCAAGAUUCCUACGAUGCAAAAUGCGGUUUCCCAUUUAGAGGAACUAUUGAAGAGGUGCUAACUGCCUAA